AUGCUACAUGACCUGUGUGCACCUACAACUGUUACGUUUGUGCUACAGGACUCAGAAAAGAUAUUCCUUCCCAGAAUUGUGGGUCAUUCUUCGCCAGAGACAGGCAACCAUUUCAUCCUUUGGGUGUUUGACUUCAAAGCCAAACAGAUUAAAAUAUACGACUCACUGAUGACUUCCAGCAGCAUCAGUGAUGAUGACAUGGACCUGCUCAGAAACGUCUUUAGGUUUUCUGGUGGGCUUCAAGGUUGGACAGUCAAAUAUCCUCCACAGUGGAAGCAGGAGGACGCCGUCAAUUGUGGUGUUUUUGUGUGUUCGGCUGCAGAAAAUGAAGUCCUACAUCACAAGGUCACUGAUGAUGCUCUGACCCUUAGUGAGUGCAGGAUUCUUCGUCUGCACCACGCUACACAAAUGCUGAAAAUUGUGAAAGCUGAGGAUUUCCCACCGACUAUGGAAGACAUGUUGAAGAUUCGACAGAAAGAAAUGGAAGUACAAGAAGCUGGAGUUGAACAGACAGACUCAGGGAUUCAUUGCAUGGCCAUGCAAAUAAAGGCAUGCUUGUUCCAGAGAGUGACUGGGAAAACCAGUGUUUUUCAUGACCACAGAAAUCAAUGUAUGUGGCUACUGUGCACUGUCUGCAAAAAAUGUCUGCAUUUUGAGUGUGCUGGUGUGGAGGGAGACUCGAAAGACUGGGAAUCAAAGGGUUUUGUUUGCGGAUGCAACCUUACAACUAAUGUAGGUGACAUGCUGGAGGCUGUUACAGUUACAGAAAUCCUUUCAGAUGAAGAAAUUAAGGAUUUGGAAAGAAAACUGCAGAGUGGACUUGUUCUCUCCAAUCGGAUGUAUCUGUGGAGUCACAGAGAAUUAGAUCCUGAACUUCGCAAACAUUACAGUGAACAUUUUACUUUAUUCAGUGACAUAAAGACAGAAGAAAUGAUCCAAAGACUGUCAAAAAUUCUGUCAACGCCAGUGGAGAAGCAGCUAUACCUUAGAGAGGUCAUUUUACCAGAGGUUUUGAUUCGAUGGUUGCAAAGCAGCGGGAAAAUGUGCAGAUACCAAGCUGAAUUUAUACUUCUGAAGGGCACAUCUUACAAAGGGAUGGGAAUAGCGACAACAGCUGGUGAUUCUGGACAAAUAGAAGAUGAAAACACUUUUCAAAGUGACUGCAAAGCUGCGGCUGCUUUUUGCUACAACAAGGACUUUGAUGGAAAAAUUGACCUUCCUGAGGUCAAAUUGGAACAAGAAGAAACCCUGCAUGACAUGCAGAUCCAGGAGGGUGGUCACCAUGACGAUUCCCAAGGAGAAAAUGUCACAUUUGUAUAUCAAAAAAGCGUUGACAGUGACAGCGCUGAGACAGAACUUACAAUUUCUAAAGAAAUCUUAGCCAUGUUCAAGACAGAAAAUGAAAUUCCUGACCUUAACCUUUUAGGUCCUAACUUUAAAAGUACUGAUCAAAGAAAAGUAUCAGUCACACUCAGAGAAGAUGCCACUCUGGAGUGCUAUGGUCCCAAAGAUGCAGCCAUCAUAAUGUUAAAGUGGAAAAAGCCCGGCCUGCAGUUGCACCAUGUCUUUUACCUUAGACAUGACCACAUUCAUGAUGACUACCAGCAUGGAUUUCUUAAAGGUCGAGUGACACUGAAAGAUCCGGAGUGGAAGAAGACAGGAAAUCUUUCAGUUUGA